AUGAAGGAAAUAAUGAAAAAACAUCUAAACUAUAAAUUAUAUAUCCCAUGGAAUAGGCUUGACAUUAUCUUUUCAAACUCCGACAACACUUUCUUGCUAAAACAAAAAAUCGAAAUGCCCAGACCCCCUUCAAACACACCUGCCCCAAAUGAAGCAAUGAUUGACGACAAUGAAAUGCAGGACGAUUGUUCUUCUGAAACUUCUCAUGCAGCACACCCUGAACACAAUAUAGAUCAAACCAGUUCACAUGCAGAUGCAUGCAUUGUGCAUGAUCCAACUCAAAUUA